AGAGGGCGAGCGCAUUUGUUAGUUUGCUGGCUCCUGAAGCCACCGAUCCUCUAGCCAAAAUCCAGGGAGAGCUGCAGAGACGAACAGAAAGGCUGCAACAGCAUUUCCAUGUAGCACAUGGUUUUUCCUGAAAUAAUCCCCGCAGGAGAGAAACUCUGCUUAAAAUAUUUGGAUGUGACAAUCGUGGUAGUUAGCUGUUCUUUGUAGAUGAACUGAAAAUGUAUAAAUGCAGCAAGUUCUGCCCAAAUUAUUGCCAGAUUGUGUAGGUAUGUAAAAAUGUGAUCUUCAUAGAGGUUGGCUUGAAUUAGCUGGUGGACACAAGGUGGAUGGCUCUGCUUUUCCUCCUGUUGUCAUCCCCAUGGGAAAAAGUUCUCUUUAGGACUUCUCCAUGCGUAACAAGAUGUACAUCCACGAGAAAGCACAAAAUCAGGAGGAGGAAAACACUCUUCCAAGGUGUGUAUGGAGACAGCAUGAAUGCCAGAUCUAUAGCAGGAAGACUUGUCUUUGCCCUUUUCCAGUGGAAAAGGCUGGUGAUCUUGCUCUGUGUGGGUCUGUGCAUGAAGGAGCUGUACUAUGCGAUGAACACACUUGAAAGUCAUGUUGGGAGUCAUGUUGGUGCUUGCCAGAGACGUUUCAAGUGGAGAAAGCCUUUUCUUGGGAGGUCUGAAUCUCACUGGAAGCCUUUCCUGACCAGCAAAUCCUUAUACUCACUCAUGGACAGGCCUUUUAGACAGAAGGCUGAAGAAGUUCUGUGGUUCCAUGAGCUUCCUUUUGGGCUGCAGAGUUCAGUUCUCUCUGCUUUUAGCACAUUGCAGCUUCUUCCAGAGCAGGAGUUGCCUGGAUCCUUUGGCCGCUUAUGGUGCCAAAGGUGCAUUGUGGUCGGCAAUGGUUACUCCAUCCGUGGACAGAGCUUUGGGAAUUUGAUUGACUCUCACCAUGUUAUCAUCAGAUUAAAUGAUGCUCCAGUAAAAGAGUACAAGAAAGAUGUGGGUGAGAGAACCAGCAUCCGUCUCUUCUUCCCUGAAUCAGCUCUGCCCAACCCUUUAGAAAACAAUGACAAUGAUACACUGAUGGUGUUUGUCCCAUUCAAGCCUCUCGAUUUCCUCUGGCUGAGGGAAGUGUUGCUGAAAACCAGGAAGAAGACGAAGGUGGGAUUUUGGCGCCAGCCUCCGCAGCAGUGGAAUGGGAACAUCUCUCAGCUACGUAUUCUCAACCCGUAUGUCACCUACGAAGCAACGUACAAACUGCUGCAGCUGAAUGCAUCAAGUAGGAGAUAUGCCACCACGGGAAUCAUUGCUUUGAACUUAGCCCUCCAUAUAUGCCAGGAGGUCAAUAUUGCAGGCUUUGGUUACCCCGGCAACCAUGACAAUACUACACCAAUACAUUAUUACAAUACAGGUCGCUCACGGAAAGAAGAGCUCAUUCAGCAUAAUCUCACAGCUGAGAGGAACUGGCUGCUGAAGAUGAUUGAGUGGGGAGUGAUUGCUGACCUAGCCAGCCCUGCCUUUCAGGCCCAGAACCACUGAGAGAAGGCCAUGAUGCUUGCCGUCCCCAUCCAGGCAACCCUGGUGAUCCCAGCUGGACUUUACCCGUGUUCCAGGUUGUUUUGAGCAUGUGUCAUCAUGUCCUGUUCCACAUGGGAGGGAGAUGAAUCCCCCAAAUUCAGAGCACUUGUGCUUUCCUCUGUUGGCCUCUGGCUUCCACUGCUGCCUGCUGCGCUGGAGGAUGAGCAGUGUUACACAACCCUUCUUCCUUGAGUAAUCUCUUCCUGGUUUAUAAACACCUAUCCUUUGCUCACCAGGUUAUUUGUGAAAAUCACCAAACUGAGAUGCUAAGCUGGUAUGCAGAAAGGGAGUGGUGAGGGUGCAGUGCCUACCCUGAGAUUUCAAACUCCUUCCUACACAGAUUGGAGUGAGAGAGAGUCAUACCUACCCAUCACCAUGGGAAAGGACUGAACACUCAGAAACUUCAGUAUCUUGCUGAUUGUUGGCAAAUGUUAAUGUCUGCAGGAAUUGUUUCUUUUACUGUUCUGUUUGAGAAUAAAUGCACUUCUGGUUUCAA